AUGGCAGGAGCUGUACACAUAGCUGUUAACGAGAAGGAUGUCAUCAAAAUUGUUUUGGAAUUCCUGGAAACUCGAGGCUUACAUAUUGCUCAGCUAUCACUGGAACGGGAGACUGGUAUAAUCAAUGGUGAUUUCUCAGAUGAUGUCUUGUUCUUGCGACAAUUAGUCCUGGAUGGUCAAUGGGAUAAUGCAUUAGAUUUUGUGGAACCUCUUCGAGAUUUGCCAGAUUUUGAUCUGCGAACGUUUCGAUAUUAUAUUACAAAAUACAAAUAUUUUGAACUCUUAUGCAUCAGACAAGAGCCAGGCCCAAUGCAUGAUAACGAUUUUACCGUUGAGGAACUGGUAGAAUGCUUAAAAGAUUUGGAACAUAUAUGCCCAACAUCAGAGGAUUUUCAUGCCCUGUGCGCUUUACUCACUUUGCCUAAAUUGUCUGAUCAUGUCGAUUUUAAAAAUUGGAAUCCCAGUAGUGCUCGAGUGGAAUGCUUUCGAAAGAUUGAACCAAUGGUUAUACCUUUACUACCCUCAGUAGUAAAAAAUGCAGACCAAGUGUCAUCAUCACAUUCAUUGAAUGAUCGUUUGAUGCAACUGGUCGUUAAAGGAACAAUGUACGAAGGUUGUGUGGAUUAUUGUCAGGCUCAGGCUAUCAAUGAUCAAAAGGGCAUUGAAAAAGGUGCAGUUCCAACAACACUUCUGUCUGCUAAACCGCGAUUAAUGAAUACGGAUUUAUCACUGAUAUCAUGGCUUGCAGCCAUUGGUCGUGAACAGUUUACGUUGCCCUUUGAACAGAAAGCUUUGGAUUUAAAGUUCGAUAAAGUGAAAAAACCUAAAUUAGAAGCUCAAUGGACAGAACAUAUCCUUGCAACACCAAUCAAACCUGGUGGUACAUUUCCACAUGCUUUGGUUCCAAAUGUUAAGCUGAAAUGCGCUGAAAAAAUGAGCCGGUCCAUGGUAAUACCAUCGAUAACAUCAUCGGUUACCGCUGAUGUUUCAUCCGGUACGCGAAAUCCCUUGCAUCCAAUGUCAUAUUCAACGAUGCCAUCAGUGGGUUUCUCAAUCCAAAGUAGCACGGAAGAACAUCCGAAAGAGGUGAUGGCACAGAGUCAAAUGAUUGAUGUAAUGUUCGAAACAUCAGAACAUACAAGAAGUAGCCAACCCGAUAAAUCAUGCGACCAGUUGCCGUAUCCCAAUGCACUAAUGCAAACAUCGGGUGUAAUGCUUAGUACGUCGCAACGAAAUCAGCAAGCUGUAAUAACACAAAAUAUGGGUUUUGUUAACCCACGGAUGAUGCAUUCGAUGGCGCAAUUGUCCCUCUCAACGGACAGUGUGCUACGUCAUCAGUUGGAAGAUAUGGCGCGACGUGGUCAACGGAUCUGCUCCCUACCACCAGUACCAGAACUUUCUACACCCAACGAAUACUCGUUAGUAGAAACAGCACAAAUUGAGAAUUCUUUGAAUAUUACUACUGCACCAAACAACAACGAUUCUAUUUCCCCGUCUCCAUUACUUCUUACAUCAGCGUCUAUGGGCGUCAACAAUCCAAUGAGUACGUCUUUAUUCCGAGAAUUUUCAAAUCGACAACUGCGUCAGGAAAGAAGGCCACAGUUUAUUGCGUCUUUACAAUCUUCUCAAAUUGCUGGUUUAAAUAAUCAGAUGAUGCAUAUCGCAACAUCUGCAUCGAAUACAUUAGAAUUACCCAUGGUUGGUGGUGUAUCGACAGCUGAUUAUACUUCACGAAAGAUAAAUAAAACGCUACUCGCGCCAAACAGGAUAUCAAAGGUGCCUGGAGUUAUGACAACUUCAGAAUCUCACAUCGGACCUGCCAAAGAUCGGUCGCCAGUUCGGAGAAGUACUAACACUGCUGGUAUUCAAACUGCUGCUACGGUAUCUCAGGCAGCUUGCUCAACAAGUGGACUUAGUGUACAGUUUGUUCCAGUUUGUCGGUACGAAGAUAUACAAGCAAUACGGACCGCAGCAUUCCAUCCAACUGGUCAAUUUUUCGCACUGGGAACCAAUUCGAAACAAAUGCUUAUCUGUAAAUAUCCUGACCUCAGGAAGUUCAGACCUGAAGAUGCUCCGGGUCAUGUUGAGAUCGUGUUAUCAAGGCCAAAACAGCAUCGUGGCAGUGUAUAUUGUUUGGGAUUCAAUCCUACCGGUGAAUUACUUGCAACGGGUUCCAAUGAUAAAACACUUCGAUUAAUGGCUUUUAACACUGAAAACUGCAAAAUUGAAAAUUCAGGUGCAGAAACGGAGCUGAAUAUUCACGAUGGUACAGUUCGUGACCUAAUUUUCAUGGAAGAUAAGAGUAAUAGAAGUGCAAUAUUGGUUUCCGGUGGCGCUGGUAAUUGCCGCAUUCAUUUAACGGAUUGUGCUACGGGUCAACCAUUAAGCUCGUAUCAGGGACAUAUCGCUCCUAUUCUUGGCUUAUAUACAUGGUGUAACGAGUAUUUUGUUAGCUGCUCACAAGAUAAAACGAUUAGAUUUUGGGAUCUGAGAGGCGCAGAAGCUAUAAACAUCAUAUCUCCGAAUUUUAAAACUUCUAAUGCACCAGUGACAUCAGUAUGCGUAGAUCCAAAUGGAAAAUUAUUAGUAUCGGGACACGAAGACGCAUCAGUUAUGUUAUAUGAUAUUGUCGGUGGUAAAAUUGUGCAAAUUUAUCGACCGCAUGGUGAUGAAGUUCGUACCGUACGAUUUAGUAACGCUGCAUAUUAUCUUCUUAGUGGCUCGUACGAUAAAAGAGUGGCUAUCACAGAUAUGAGAGGUGAUUUGAUGACACCCCUAAUGUAUCUUCCAGUUGCUGAACAUAAUGAUAAAGUGAUACAGUGCAGGUGGCAUCCACAUGAUUUCUCAUUUCUCAGUACCAGCGCUGACCGUACGGCAGUAUUAUGGUCGCUUCCACUUCCACUUCAAUAUCAUUAA